AUGUCAUCUGCGACUUUUGUUGAUCGGAUAGAUCCAUUUUCCAAGCGAUCCCUUAAAAAGAAAUCGAAAAAAUCACAAGGCUCGUCGCGGUAUCGCAAUUCGCAAGACGUCGAGCUUCAGCAGCUACCUCAGCUUAAAGAUGUUACUCCGUCAGAGCAGGAAGAGUUGUUCAUUAGGAAACUACAGCAAUGUUGUGUCGCUUUCGACUUCAUGGAUCCUGUUGCUGAUCUCAAGGACUUUGAUCCUGAAGAGGAUGAUCCAACAUUAGAAGCGAGCUGGCCCCAUUUACAAUUGGUCUAUGAAUUCUUUUUACGUUUUCUAGAGUCAUCGGAUUUUCAACCGACGAUUGGAAAAAAAGUUAUUGACCAAAAAUUCGUUUUACAACUGUUAGAAUUAUUUGACUCAGAAGACCCUAGAGAGCGAGAUUUUUUGAAAACGGUUUUGCAUCGUAUCUACGGUAAAUUUCUUGGCCUGCGAGCUUUUAUACGCAAACAGAUUAACAACAUUUUCCUCAGGUUUGUGUACGAGACAGAGCACUUUAAUGGUGUCGGCGAGCUACUGGAAAUUUUAGGUAGCAUUAUCAACGGUUUCGCACUCCCGCUGAAAGUAGAGCAUAAGCAAUUUUUAGUCAAGGUGCUAUUACCACUGCAUAAAGUUAAAUGUUUAUCGCUAUAUCACGCGCAACUGGCGUACUGCGUGGUGCAAUUUCUUGAAAAAGAUGCAACUCUAACAGAACCUGUGGUGCGAGGGCUACUAAAAUUCUGGCCUAAGACUUGCAGCCAGAAAGAGGUGAUGUUUCUCGGGGAAAUUGAAGAGAUACUUGAUGUUAUAGAACCUAGCCAAUUUGUUAAAAUACAAGAGCCUUUGUUCAGGCAAAUAGCGCGUUGUGUCUCGUCGCCGCACUUUCAGGUUGCAGAAAGGGCAUUGUAUUUCUGGAACAAUGAAUACAUUAUGUCGCUGAUUGAAGAAAACAAUCAUGUGAUAAUGGGAAUAAUGUUCCCGGCGUUGUACAGGAUCAGUAAGGAGCACUGGAAUCAGACGAUUGUUGCUCUUGUUUAUAAUGUUCUUAAAACUUUUAUGGAAAUGAACAGCAAGCUUUUUGAUGAACUAACUGCCAGUUAUAAAUCUGAGAGGCAAAAAGAGAAAAAACGAGAAAAAGAAAGAGAUGAACUAUGGAAAAAGUUGAAUGAAUUAGAGAUUGAACGACGCGGCGCAAUUAUGGGAACACCUAAUACUCCAGUUCCAGCCACGCCUGUAUCUGCGACACGAGCUCGUCCCUGA